ACACACCCCCUUGUAACAAGAUGCUGGGUAUUGCUUACCUCGCUAGCUUACCCAUUGGCAUCCAAAGCUCCCGCUGACGCUGACAUCCCCUCCUCACUCUCACACUCCGCGUUUGCCGCCGAACGCCACAGAUCCGUCAGUCGAACGAAUAGUUAGCAUGGCUGACAAGGUUGAGCAAGAAGCUCGUGGAAAUAAUGCAGCGUAUCCCUUAGCCUUUCGUCUUCGCGAUCUACCGCUGGAGCUGCGAGAGCAUAUCUAUGGAUUAACAAUCGAGCCGCGGGCUAUCUUUCUGGCCACGACAACAGGACACGGAGGAAAGAUUCCAAGCGAUUUCGCCCUACCUAACAUGGUCAAAUGGCAAGAAAAUAUCCAUGCCCGCCAAAGGAAACCUCGUAGCAUCACAAUGCCCGGCGUGGGAGUCUUGGUCUUCAAGGUGUCACUCUUCACCUCGCUCAUGGCAGUUGCUAAGGACGUCAACACGGAAGUCCAAACGUUCAUCUCGUUGCAUCAAAAACGCUACGUUGAAUACUACGAGGAGAUCUUGCGAUCGGCAAUCUACCUUGAUCGCAUCGUAUCACCGAGCCCAGCAUUCCUCAAGAUAUGGGCCACAUGCCGUCUUGUGCUCGAGAAACGUACUAUUGAUACAAUACACUUUCUCCGUAUCAUCCCAAAUGCGUUGAAAGAGACGCUACCUAGCAUCGUCAUCACGGAAGGCCCUUUUGAUGCGUGGUAUGAUCCAUCGGGCAAAUCGUGGAAUCCUCCCAACGAAAGUAUUCAUCCCGCGAUUGUUUUUGUCCUCGAGCAGUUUCCCAAUAUCAAACAUCCUGGCUAUCAGAGUCGCUCCCAGUCAACCCAAAGGUCAAUGGUUUGAGGGAGGGAAUUGAGAUGUAUAUCGCGGGUCUGCGUCAGAGUUUUCUUGUGAACUGCUGGAGGGUAGUCGUAUGCAUAUGGGGUUGAAUAACUACCACGACUCGAAGUCAACAUUGAGAACAGACAUAAACUCCGCGCCUCCUUCGAAAACAUCUCAUGCAUUGGGCGUGCAACGGAUGGACAAGAUCAUGCGACAAGGUUAUACUCAGAAUGACAGCGCAGCGUGUAUGAGAUG